AUGCACUUCACCGCCUUUCUAUCAGCCAGUCUUAUCGCCGCUAGCUUAGCUGCUUUGGCGUACAUCCCUGCCGCUGCCGCUGCUGAUUUGCAAUCCGAUUUACGUGAUUUCCAAGCGCUGAUACCGCGGCGCCGCGUCGGUUACAUUGCCGCCCGUCAUUACAUAGUUGAUGCGCGUUUCCGCAAUGCUUUGGCAUUUAUACGCAGCUCAGAAUUCCCGGCCACUUGGCAGCAGAUACGGAAUACGAGCGAAUUUGCAGAGCUUGUCGGAUUUAUGCAACGCCAUGGUGGCGGUAUUGAGAGUGGUUUCGACAUUACCACCAUCAUUGAUCGCAUACCAAAUCAGGUGCGUGCCUUCAAUAUUCCGUCGAAGGUGCCGGUGAGUAUGAUGUUCGAGCGCACAGUGUCCAAUUUUCUCAGCGACGUGGUGCGUGAGUUGCCGCGUGCACGUUUUGCCAGUUUAAUGGCACGCAAGGUGCAGGAGGGCGGUGAAUUUGCGCAGCUCUACAAAGCUGUGCGUAGUCCGGAAUUCAAGGAGUUGUUGCAGCGCACAAAGAAAUCUCCCAGCUUGGCAGCGCCAAUACGUAAGCUUAAUCAAAAUUUCAUUGACGUGGAUAACCUAAUAUCAAUUGGCUUUAAUGUACUGAGCUGGGGUCCAUAG